UUUAACAUAAGCCAAACCAAACCUUAAUAUUUCCAAACCAAACACACCCUUGACCCUUCUCUUCUCUUCUUCGUUCAUGUCUUUUCAGUUAAAACCCUUUUUUUCCGCACCCGCGUUUUCCCUCCUUCCUCUUCUUCUUCCCAUCACAAUCAUCGUCGCCUGAUUCAACGCAUUAGCGAAUUCCCAAACCAAACCAAUCCCAAUUCGCAGAUUCAUCGACUUCUUACAUGGAUCAGAAAGAGGAAGAACCGAUCACGCCGUUGAAGACCUUCUCUUCUCUCACCCAUUCUGCCUGCCUCGAAAUUCGUCUCUUCUAUGUCAGAAUCUCCCCCUGCCUCGUCGACUCGCUCCCAGACCACCUUGCGCUCUGCCACGCGCCACGCCACGCCGCUGUCUCGCUCGUCGUCAACGCCGCCCCCGUCCCCGCCUCCUCCCCCGCCACGAUCCAUCUCCACCGCGGCCGCGUCGAUCGCCAUGCCGCCGAGGUCACCUACGUCGCCACCGACACCGUCAGCCUCAGCGGCAGCGCUGACUUCGAGGUCUACGAGAACGACGCGCUCUUCCUCUGCGGCUCCCUCGAGCGCCUCGAUUCCGAAUGGAGAAACGGGUCCGGGUCGGGAUGGGGCAUGGACUGCCAUGUGGCGGCCGGGUGCGUCGGGUCGGGUUGCUCAGCGUUCUUCAGACCGCGCCUCGGGGUUUCUGCGCCGUCGAUCGAGGUCUACGUUGCCGGGUGCUGCUCCGGCGUGCCGGUGAUUCUGAACAAGACGAUUCAGAUGAGUCCGCGGAGGAGGGUGCCGAGACAUGCCACGCUGGACGCGAUUCCCGAGGAUGAAGAAAUGAUGAUGAUGAUGAUGGAAAAGAACCGUGUCAACGGUUUUGCUCCCAACCGGAAGUUGCAGAUAACAGAGUCAGAGGUUGAUGAUUACGAUUGUGAUGAGAAAAUGGGGAAUGGUUUCUACUCACAAGAAAUGUAUCCCGGUGAGGAUGGACAACUGUCAUGGUUCAAUGCUGGGGUUAGAGUUGGUGUUGGAAUUGGCCUUGGGAUGUGCGUGGGGAUAGGGAUUGGUGUUGGAUUGCUCAUGCGUUCAUACCAAACAACAACCAGGAACUUCAGGAGGAGAUUUUUCUAAUCUGUAAUAAGGAAAUUGUUACUCUAGUUUAAUGAGAAGAUGAAGAAAAUAUAUUGGAGCUGAAUCAAGGGUGCGUGGGACAUUAGGAUCCAAAAGUUGAACAAGCAAAAUGCGUGAAGUGUAAGUUUUGUAGAAGAGUGGAGAUUCUGCUUCCUCUUUGUUUUGUAGCUUACUCUCAGAUACGUCCACGUAGCUUUGCAGAUUUGUAUUUCGUGUGAAUUUUGUCUGAUCUUCCGACAACAAUAGCUAUCAAUAAAAGCGCAAUGCAAUACAACUGCUUUGAGGAUGUGUUGUACGAGGGGGAUCUGGUGUUCAGGGACCAUCAUAAGGUUGCCAGAGGUUUUGACUU